AUCCCCCGCCCCGGCAACUUCCCUAGCGAAUAACAAAUACCCAUAAAGUCCCCGUCGCGCAGCCCCUCCCCGCGGGCAGCGCACUAUGCUGCUCGGGUGGGCGUCCCUGCUGCUCUGCGCGUUCCGCCUGUCCCUGGCCGCAGCCGGCCCCGCCGCCGCACCUGCCCAGGAUAAAGCCCGGCAGCCUCAGUCUGCUGCAGCGGCCGCCCAGCCCCGCCGGCGGCAGGGGGAGGAGGCGCAGGAGCUGGCCGAGCCUCCAGGUCAUCCGCACCCCCUGGCGCAACGGCGCAGGAGCAGUGGGCUCGUGCAGAACAUCGAUCAGCUCUACUCAGGCGGCGGCAAGGUGGGCUACCUCGUUUACGCGGGCGGCCGGAGGUUCCUCCUGGACCUGGAGCGAGAUGGUUCGGUGGGCGCCGAGGGCUUUGUGCCUUCAGGAGGCGGGCCGAGCGCGUCCCGGCGCCACCGAAGCCACUGCUUCUAUAGGGGCACGGUGGACGGUAGCCCCCGCUCCCUGGCUGUCUUUGACCUCUGUGGGGGUCUCGACGGCUUCUUCGCGGUCAAGCACGCACGCUACACCCUGAAGCCGCUGUUGCGCGGGCCCUGGGCUGAUGCGGAAAACGGGCGCGUGUACGGGGAUGGGUCCGCGCGGAUCCUGCACGUCUACACCCGCGAGGGCUUCAGGUUCGAGGCUCUGACGCCGCGCGCCAGCUGCGAGACCCCAGCGUCCCCACAAGGACCUCGCGAACGUCCUCUGGCGCACGGCAGCCCACGUCGACGCACAGAGCUGGCCCCGCGGCUCUUGGACCAGUCCACUACCUCGCCCGCCGGGGAUCCAGGACCGCAGACGUGGUGGCGGCGGCGGCGCCGCUCCAUCUCCCGGGCCCGCCAGGUGGAGCUGCUCCUGGUGGCUGACGCGUCCAUGGCGCGGAUGUAUGGUCGGGGCCUGCAGCAUUAUCUGAUGACCCUGGCUUCCAUUGCCAAUCGGUUGUACAGCCAUGCCAGUAUCGAGAACCACAUCCGCCUGGCCGUGGUGAAGGUGGUGGUGCUAGGCGACAAGGACAAGAGCCUGGAAGUGAGCAAGAAUGCAGCCACUACACUCAAGAACUUUUGCAAGUGGCAGCACCAGCAUAACCAGCUGGGAGAUGACCACGAGGAACACUACGAUGCAGCCAUCCUGUUUACUCGGGAGGAUUUAUGUGGGCACCACUCAUGUGACACCCUGGGAAUGGCAGACGUUGGGACCAUAUGCUCUCCAGAGCGCAGCUGUGCUGUGAUUGAAGAUGAUGGCCUCCACGCAGCUUUCACCGUGGCUCACGAAAUUGGACACCUCCUUGGCCUUUCCCAUGAUGAUUCCAAAUUCUGUGAAGAAAACUUUGGUUCCACAGAAGAUAAGCGCUUAAUGUCUUCCAUCCUAACCAGCAUCGACGCCUCCAGACCCUGGUCCAAAUGCACUUCCGCCACUAUCACAGAAUUCCUGGAUGACGGCCAUGGUAACUGUUUGCUAGACCUGCCAAGAAAGCAGAUCCAGAGUCCCGAAGAACUCCCGGGACAGACCUACGACGCCACGCAGCAGUGCAACCUGACCUUCGGGCCCGAGUACUCCGUGUGUCCGGGCAUGGACGUCUGCGCCCGCCUGUGGUGUGCCGUGGUGCGCCAGGGCCAGAUGGUCUGUCUGACCAAGAAGCUGCCCGCCGUGGAGGGAACGCCUUGUGGAAAGGGGAGGAUUUGCCUGCAGGGCAAGUGUGUGGACAAAACCAAGAAAAAGUAUUAUUCAACAUCAAGCCAUGGCAACUGGGGGUCUUGGGGGUCCUGGGGUCAAUGUUCUCGCUCCUGUGGGGGAGGAGUACAGUUCGCCUAUCGCCACUGCAAUAACCCUGCCCCCAGAAACAGUGGCCGCUACUGCACAGGGAAGAGGGCCAUCUACCGCUCCUGCAGUGUCACGCCCUGCCCACCCAAUGGUAAAUCGUUUCGUCAGGAACAGUGUGAGGCCAAAAAUGGCUAUCAGUCUGACGCCAAAGGAGUCAAAACCUUUGUGGAAUGGGUUCCCAAAUACGCAGGCGUCCUGCCUGGGGAUGUGUGCAAACUGACCUGCAGAGCCAAGGGCACGGGCUACUAUGUGGUAUUCUCUCCAAAGGUGACGGACGGAACUGAAUGCAGACCGUACAGUAAUUCCGUCUGCGUCCGGGGGAAGUGUGUGAGGACCGGCUGCGACGGCAUCAUUGGCUCCAAGCUACAGUACGACAAGUGUGGAGUAUGCGGGGGAGACAACUCCAGCUGCACAAAGGUGGUUGGAACCUUCAAUAAAAAAAGUAAGGGUUACACUGACGUUGUGAGGAUCCCUGAAGGGGCCACCCACAUAAAAGUCCGACAGUUCAAAGCCAAAGACCAGACAAGAUUCACUGCAUACUUAGCCUUGAAGAAGAAGAAUGGUGAGUACCUCAUCAAUGGGAAGUACAUGAUAUCCACCUCAGAGACCAUCAUUGACAUCAACGGGACGGUCAUGAACUACAGCGGCUGGAGCCACAGGGACGACUUCUUGCAUGGUAUGGGCUACUCUGCCACAAAGGAAAUUCUAAUAGUGCAGAUUCUUGCAACGGACCCCACAAAAGCAUUAGAUGUUCGUUACAGUUUUUUUGUUCCCAACAAGUCCACUUCAAAAGCAAACUCUGUCACUAGCCUGGGUAGCAAUAAAGUGGUACCCCAUCCUUCACAGCCACAGUGGGUGACGGGCCCGUGGCUGGCUUGCUCGAGGACCUGUGACACAGGCUGGCACACGAGGACGGUGCAGUGCCAGGACGGAAACCGGAAGUUAGCGAAGGGAUGUCCUCUCUCCCAGAGGCCUUCUGCAUUUAAGCAGUGUUUGCUAAAGAAAUGUUAGCCUGUGGUUGUGAUCUUACGCACAAAGAUAACUGGAGGAUUCAGCACUGACACUGCCGUGGUGAACGAGAGGUCUACCUGUGCACAGCAAGUCACGUUUCAGUGUCAUUGUCUGUGGGAGUCCAAUUAUGGGCAGAAUCUGCUCUCUGUGACCAAAAGAAGGUGUGCACUGCUUCAUGUGACAAUGGUGACCUUGGAACAUAGAAUAAAUUGGGAAUGAUUCCACAUCCCCUGGGCCUACAAAAAUGAAAAAAAAAAAAAAAAAAAGAAGAGAAACACUGAUGAAUGUAGAAUCAGGGGACAUUUGAAGAUGGCAGGAGCGUCUGCCCUUUGUCACCUACCUCUAGAGAAUGUCUAUAAAGACAUUGUAAUCAUUUUCACCCAUGAUGCACAGUAGCUUAUUUUUACUGUCUGUAAAUA